AGACACAGCCAUCAACUAGCAACUGCGUACCACAGGGAGCGUGAUCAAUCUACUGUCGAGAACUGUUUCGGAAGCCACAAGAGGUGACAUUACAAGCAGACUCGAUGACACAGAAUAAUUCAAAGCUAGAAAGCACCGGAGAUAAUUUGCGCGGGACCCAAGGUAAAUCAAGGCCUUUCGAUAUGGCUAGAAUACCGGGCGCUUUGGACGACAGAGCAUGGGGGAUAUAUCCCCGCCGAAACUUAAGCAGCCAUAUAAAGAGUCUGAAUUUUCAGAUUUGGGCAAGGGAGGGCCAGAUUAGCCAUCUGCAAUGCCAAAUAGGGCCGCUCGAAAAUGACAUCAAGCAAUCAGAGAGCAAGAUUGAGCUGCCGCAAUUUCAGCUUGAGGAGCUCCGCUCCCUGAUUCAGCAGAAUCAAGGCGAUAUUGGGAAGUUCCGGGGACAAAGUUCGGAUUUGCACGCCCAGGUUGCACAGCAGUACAACCGGAUCUCGGACCUGUACUGCCGGCUCGCCCAGCUGCACUGCCAGAUUGCCCAGUUUCGCUCUCAAAUAGCCGAGCUGCACGGCAAGAUUGUCAUAGCAGAUGGUCUGGUUGCAGAGGGCAAGGCAACUGUGGACCCGGUUUCUCUUGAGUAUGCUUGCCUAUCGCUAUUUUAAGGAGUCAGCUCGACUUACAUUUCCACUAGAAUGGAAUUUCUCCGGAGAAAGGCAUAUCAUGUCGAUCCCGCUGCUAAUGGUGUCCGCUACUGCUCCCCCGAGCCCUUCAUUCCCUCAGGCUCACAGUGAUUGCUUUGAGUUAACUGGUAAGUCUCCCCUCUCCGUGAGGUUGGAUAGAAAUCCCGAUCGCGCUUCACAAUAGUCCAUUAAUGCUGGGCUAUAGCAGCCGCCCUCUUAGGCACGGGAUCUGGAAAAUUGGUCGAUAAGCUGGGCUCCUUGAGAUGUACUAGUACUAAGGUUCUAUGGAAAGGUCUUAUGGAUGUGGCUCGCAUAAUCGUUAUGGAAUUAUCAAGCAAAUUUUCCCCAGGACUGUUCCUCCUCGGCGUUCUGCUACCCUGUCACGAUCUCCUAGGGUGUGCCGAAAGGCCUUCUCGCUUGGUUAUUUUUUCCCUUAUACCGCACAUGUUAGUUCACCCAACUUCCUUUCCUACCUGGCUUUCAAGAAAUAGGGGGUGAGGUUGCUGGGGUAUUUAAUUCUUUUACUGCGCAACCGACCUAAAAUAUGGGCCGGUGAUGAAACACAUGCCGAUGCUGAGACCUGACUACCAGAGUGUAUGUUAUCAGCCAUUGUGUAUACCAGUUCAAUCCUGUAGUCCAGUAGACUUUUAUUCGACUGGUGUCCCAUUAGAAAAUUGUGCAGGGAUUCAUUUAUUAUUGUUCUGUUGACAGAAGCACUGUUCACACUAUUUCUGAAGGCAAUCAUUGCUGACAGAGCCUUACCUUCUUAGCGUUUAUCUCAGUCUGCUACAGAGAACUUUUCAGUACAUUACAUGUUCCAUCAACUCUUUUUUCAAUUCCUCUUUCUUUAUAUCUAUUAUUUCAAAAAAACCCCCCCCGAGAGAGAACUGAUAUCCUUAUUUCAGAUACUGUCACGUUUUUUUUACUUUGAUAUUUGUUCUUUUGAAGGAUUUAUUUCAUUGCCGGUUGGCAUGUGGUUGGACGGACCUGGUUUUAAGAAAGUUGAGCCAUAUUGACAGUACACUGCUUCGGAUCUCCAG